GGGAAAGAGAGAGGAGCGAGAGACGAGGGACGGAGAGACAGAUACGGAGGAGGGAGGGACCCCCGAAACGGAGCCGCUCACCUCGACUGACCGUCUGUUACCUCACGAGGCGUCACUUUGUAGGUUGACAGCGGCAGGAGAACUGAGGAGGAGAAGGAGGAGGAGGAGGAGGGGGAUAUGUGACUGGCCUUUUUCUUUUGGAAACACGGACCUUGUUCCAGAGCCGCAGUGAUCUCGUCAUCCUUCUCAUCGCCUUCCACCUAAAGGGAUUUGUGAUUGAUUACUGCUCUCUAGCAAAGCCCAUGGAUUACAACGAGGUUUUGGAAAGGCCUUGAUCACAGCUGUGUCAACACUAUGACAUUUUUAAAUUCGAGAAGAGCUACACCAGAAGACUGACCAGAAUUUCUUUUAGCAGAGAUUCAGCUUCAAGUUUCAGUUUUUUUUGGGAAAUCCAGCUGAUAAUCACUGCUUUCACUCAUCUGUAUUUUGUGUGAUUUUCGAGGAUGUUUUUUGGGUGAACCUUAUUCAGUCCUUUGAUUCUUACAUAUCCACCGUAUACGCCCAGCACUAUCUCGCCAUGUAUGGAAGCUCGCGGUCCGUCUCCAAGCUGGACGUCGUGGGAUCCAAUGGGAACGGCUCGAUGUCCGGGAGUCCAGGCCGCUCGCCGCGCCUCCCUCGUUCCCCGCGUCUGGGGCACCGCAGAAACAGCAGCAGCAGCUCCACCGGAGGACUCACUGGCACCGGAAAGACCCUGUCCAUGGAGAACAUCCAGUCUCUGAACGCUGCCUACGCCACCGGGGGGCCCAUGUACUUCACCGACACGGCCGAGGACCCGGUGGGCAUCGGGAGUCUGGGCAGCGGCCUGAAUCCCUCGUUACCCAAAAGCACCAUGACCCUGGGCAGGGCCGGAGCCAGGGUCCCGUACGGGGUCAGGGCGGCCAUCAUGGGGAGCAGCCCGAACAUCAACACUGGAGGAAGCGGCGGUGGAGCCCUGAUGGCCAGCGACGCCAUCGCUUUUGGAGGGGAACUGCAGAAUCAGCCCCCACAGGCGGCCACAGUGCCCCACUCCAUGAGACAGGUGAGAGACGGCGCGAUGUCAGACCUGCAGACUCAGUUAAGAGAAGUGCUGAGAGAGAACGAGCUGCUGCGCAGAGAACUGGAAGCCAAAGAGUCCAAACUGAGCUCCUCCAUGAACUCCAUCAAGACGUUCUGGAGUCCGGAGCUGAAGAAGGAGAGAGCGCUGAGGAAGGACGAAGCCACCAAGAUGACGGUGUGGAAGGAGCAAUACAGAGUGGUGCAGGACGAAACGCAGCACCUGCAGUGCACCAUCCAGGCUUUGCAGGAUGAGCUCCGGAUCCAGCGCGAUCUCAACCAGCUCUUCCAGUCCGACUACUCCGAGUCCGGCCACCUCGGCGGCCAGCCCAUCCCCCCUCAGGAAAUGACGGAGGAGAACUUCCUGCGCCUCCACGGCGAGUACGAGCGGCAGGUCAAGGAGCUCUUCCUCCUGAGGAAGACCGUGGAGGAGAUGGAGAUGAGGAUAGACACUCAGAAACACACACUGACUGCCAGAGACGAGUCAAUAAAGAAGCUUCUGGAAAUGCUGCAGAGUAAAGGCCUGUCGUCACGAGCGACCGAGGAAGACCACGAGAGGACGAGGCGGCUGGCCGACGCGGAGAUGACCAUCCACCAGCUGGAAGGCCUGCUGGAGCAGAAAGACAAGGAGAUGCUCCAGCUCAGAGAGGAGCUGCACAGGAGAUACGAAGCAGCUCCGGAAUCAACCAAAACCAAGGCCCUGCAGACCGUCAUCGAAAUGAAGGAUGCAAAGAUCAGCUCGAUGGAGCGCGGCAUGCGGGAGCUGGAGGAGGAGGUGAUCAUGCUGAAGUCCAACGGAGCGCUGAGCAGCGAGGAGCGGGAGGAGGAGAUCAAACAGAUGGAGGUCUACAGAUCCCACACCAAGUUCAUGAAGAACAAGGUUGAGCAGCUGAAGGAAGAGCUCAGUCACAGCCAGUCAGAGAAGGAGGAGCUCAGGCAGCGAGCCAGUGAGCUUCAGCGGGAGGUGUCUGCAAUGGAACAGGCGAAGCAGGACCUGAGUCGUAAGGACAGCGAGCUGCUGGCUCUCAGGACCAAACUGGACACUCUCAACAAUCAGUUUUCUGACAGCAAGCAACACGUGGACGUGCUGAAGGAGUCACUGACUGCCAAGGAGCAGAGAGCCGCCAUCCUUCAGACCGAGGUGGAUGCUUUGCGUCUCCGUCUGGAAGAGAAGGAGUCUCUCCUCUCCAAAAAGAGCCAGCAGAUAUCCGAGCUGACGGACGAGAAGAGCACGGUGCAGGGAGAGAUCACCGACCUCAAGGACAUGCUGGACGUCAAGGAGCGCAAAGUGAACGUGCUGCAGAAGAAGAUUGAGAAUCUGCAGGAUCAGCUGAGGGAUAAAGACAAACAGCUGAGCGGCCUGAAAGACAGAGUCAAGUCGUUGCAGACAGACACCUCCAACACAGACACCGCACUGGGAACGCUGGAGGAGGCUCUUUCUGAGAAGGAGCGUAUCAUCGAGCGGCUGAAGGAACAGCGGGAAAGGGAGGAAAGGGAGAAGGGAGAGGAAAUGGAGUCCAGCAAGAAGGAGCUGAAGGAGCUGAGGGAGAAAGUCUCCCAGCUGCAGGCCGACCUGGCCGACCGGGAGACCUCAGUGCUGGAUCUGAAGGAAAAGGCUUCCUCUCUGGCCUCGUCCAGUCUGAAGAAGGACAGCAGGCUGAAGAGUCUGGAAAUCGUGAUGGAGCAGAAGAAAGAAGAGUGCAGCAAACUGGAGAACCAGCUCAAGAAGGCCCAGAGUGCCGUGACAGAGUCCCAGGCCAACACCGAACUCUCCGAGCGCAUCUCCUGCCUGGAGCAGGAGGUGAGCCAGCACAAGGAGGACGCUGGGAAAGCCCACUCCGAGGUGGAGCGCCUCCUGGAGAUCCUCAGGGAGAUGGAGAACGAAAAGAACGACAAGGAGAAAAAGAUCCACGAGUUGGAGAGAACUCCCUCCGCUUCCCAUCUGUGGCGCUCCCAGCCGUCGCGAAAACAAGCCCCUCCCCCUGCUGCCGCCCAGCAGCCAAUGGGGGGGCUGGUGUGGGACUACCUGGGCACUCUUGCCUCAAGGCAGAUGAAGGACCAGUCCAAGAAGGUGGCCAACCUGAAGCACAAGGAGCAGCUGGAAAAGAGCAGGAACGCCCAGCUGAUGGAGGAGGCCAAGAAGAGAGAGGACAACCUGAACGAGAGCUCCCAGCAGAUCAAGGACUCCCUCCGUCACAAGGAGGACCGCAUCGAGGAGCUGGAGGAGGCGCUGAGGGAGAGCGUGCAGAUCACGGCGGAGAGGGAGGUGGUGCUCGCUCAGGAGGAGCAGGCGCGCACGCAGGCCGAGAAACAGGUGGAGGACCUGCUGGUCGCCAUGGAGAAGGUGAAGCAGGAACUGGAGGUGAUGAAGGCCAAGCUGUCGUCGACUCAGCUCUCACUGGCCGAGAAGGAGGGUCACCUGACCGCCCUGCGGGCCGAGAGGCGGAAGCACCUGGAGGAGGUCCUGGAGAUGAAGCAAGAAGCACUGCUGGCAGCCAUCAGUGAGAAGGACGCCAACAUCGCCCUGCUUGAGCUCUCCUCGUCCAAGAAGAAGAAAACCCAGGAGGAGGUGGCGGCUCUCAAGAGGGAGAAGGACAGUCUGGUUCAGCAGCUCAAACAGCAGACACAGAACCGGAUGAAGCUCAUGGCAGACAACUAUGAGGACGACCAUCUAAAGGUCGCAUCUCCAAACUCAGAGCAACCCAACAAUCACAAGCCCUCCCCAGACCAGAUUCUCUCUCCUCUCCUGGACCUCAAUCAGAAUCGCAGUAAGCUGAAGCUGUACAUCAGUCACCUGACCGCGCUGUGUCAGGAGCGAGACCCCGUCAUCCUGCAGGACUUUGCCCCGCCCCCCGCCUAUCACCGCUCCGACUCCGCCUCCUGGAACACGCAGCUGCAAAGCAUGACGCAGGAACAGUUGGAGGCGGAGUUAGCGCUGUGCGAGAGGGAGGGGGCGGAGCUCCAGGAGUACGCCAACCAGGUCCUGCAGCAAAUCGCCGACCGAUGCCCCGACAUCUUGGAACAGGUGGUGAACGCCCUGGAGGACAGCAGCUAACAGAGCGGCGUGCGCGCUCAGUGAGAGACAGACCCGAGGUCACGCCCUUUUCAUCCACUAACACGCCAAGCAAAGCCCGGCUCAGACACACGCUCGCAGACUUUCAUCUGUUUUUCUGUUCUUCGUUCGCCACAGACGUUAAGAAAAAAAAAAAAAAAAAA